GCUACUAGCUAGCGUGCUGAUUGCUGAAAGCUGAAAUUCCCUUUCCGCUCUGGUUGCGAGUAAUCUCAAUUUCAACGACUAAAAUGUCGGAACGAAACCAUCAUCUCCGACGCCCUCUCUCUCCUCGCUCCAUCGACGACCGCCGCCUACGGGAUCGCCUCCCCGUUUCCGUGGCCUCCUCCGACCGCAGGCACGCUCACGCUUCAAUCAUCCUCGAGGACCGCAUUGCAAUUCAGCACCACGAAAUUCAAUCCCUACUCAUCGAGAAGGACCGCCUCGCCGCCACCCACGUCGCGCUGAAGCAGGAGCUCGCUCUCGCGCAGCAGGACCUCCGCCACUUGGCGGCGGCCGCGGUGGAGGUCAAGGCCGAGCGGGAUGGCCAGGUGAGGCAAGUUCUGGAGCGAUCGCUGAAACUCGACGCCGAGCUGCGGGCGACCGAUGCGAUGACCGCCGAGCUCGUUCAGGUGAGAGGCGACGUGCAUACGCUUGCUACGCAGCGCGAGGAGCUCGUUCGGGAACUGGAGGCGAUCAACAGAGAUUUGAUGAAGGCUAGGGAAGAUGCCGAUUUUGCUCCCGGGAUUAGGUCUGAGAUUCAGAAAUUGCGGCAGGAGAUUCAGAAAGGAAGGGCUGCAAUUGAUUAUGAGAAGAAGACACGUUCCAGCAACCUUGAGCAUGGUAAGGCAAUGGAUAGAAAUAGGGUUCUGCUUGCUGAAGAAAUAGACAGACUCUGUGCUGAGCUAGUGAAAGCAGAGAAAAGGGCAAGAGCAGCAGCAGCAGCAAAUGCAACAGCAAACCUAGAUGUUACAGAUCCUGCUUAUGGAAGCUAUGCCAAUCAUGGGAUAGAGUAUGGAGUUGGUCCUUAUCAUGACCAAUACGGCAAACCUCAGGUUCGAGGUGUUCCCGAUGGCACACCUCUGCAUGCUUCCGGAUCAACAUCGAACGGUGCUUGCGAUAUGGUGCGGCAAGAGCCAACGAACAGAUAGCAGGCACAUGGUAUCACGCUCUGGUUAAUGUCUAUUUUUGGUUCCACGCACAUAUCAGAAGGAUUCCAUCUCUGCAAGAUCAGUUCAUGUACGAGAUCUGGCCCUAGGGUGGAUGAGCCAUGGCAUCAUGCUUUGACGAGAUUUUGUUUUUCGCGCCAUUGUCACCAACAGCAGAAGUAAUAGGAUGACAAGUCCAUGACUUGGUGAAGACAACAUUGUUACAUGAUGGAGGUGGUGCCAUCUGUCGCGGUCCAAUCAUUGGCGAAGGAAGGAUAUUAACAGCAGUCCAAAAUGUUUAAGGGAGACGCAAUGAGGUAGAAGCACGCUUGUAAGACUCGUUUUUGGAAAAUUUCGUCAACUUGGCCGUCUCUGUAAGAUCGGUUCAUGUAUGAGAUCUGGGCCUAGGGUGGUUGUACUUGCUAUUAACAUUUGUCUAGUUGGAGUCCAUAUGAAGGAUUUUAACAGAAAUCAUCCUGAAUACCAAGC